AUGUCCAUCGGCGGCCCUUGUCUUUGGUUGCCUGCCUUAUCCACGCCUGUCACUUCGCAUCUGUCUGCAGUGACAUCUCACUUGUCUGCGGCAACAAGAAACGGGGAGAAGAGUGUCCCGGGGUCCAGAUCAACCUCGCCACGGCUGUCACUGCAGAGAGAGAACACGCUUGGUGCUACACCCGGGCUUGCUGCUGAAAUGCACACGUCUGGUGUCAAGGCUGAGAAUGCCUUGUCCAAUCCGAUGGCCUCCAGUACGGCUCAGUCUACAUCGUCCCCCGAGGAAGAAAGCUCGUCUCAUGACACGUUUAACCCGAGGAUGGGAACUGGGAAAGAGGAGUCACCAUCACAGGCCGAACUAGGAAUUCCUAGCGGGCCCCAGCCACGACUCUUGAUGUCGCAACAUCAGGAUGAAACUGACCAUUUUGAAGACCCCAACGGCCUAGUCUCAGGCCUUCAUGAUAUGAAGGAAGAAUCGGACAAGGAAUAUUCUCUCAGUCCUUCCGUUGAAAAGGCAGAAGGGACGGGAAGCGAUGAGUACCACAGAUCGCCUCCGCUGGACAAGAAAAAGAUGAAGCGGUUUCGUUUGACUCAUAACCAAACCCGCUUCCUAAUGAGUGAGUUCACUCGGCAGGCACAUCCAGACGCUGCCCACAGACAGCGCCUCUCGCGCGAGAUCCCCGGCUUGACUCCACGGCAAGUCCAAGUAUGGUUUCAAAACAGGCGAGCAAAGCUCAAGCGCCUCACUACGAAUGAUCGCGAAAGAAUGAUCAAGUCGCGAGCCUUGCCGGAUGAUUUUGACACCACAAAGGUACUCCGCACGCCGUUUGAAGGCAAAUCAAUCGGCGAGACAGGUGGGGUAUCCCCGCAAGAAUACGCAGCGCCAAAUGUGGAUUUCGCGGCACCGAGAGCCCUGCGCACUGACGGUUUCCCUCGACAAAGCGAAGACGAGUACCUUGCCUCGCCACUUAGCUCGACCUCUACUACAGGGACGUAUAUGUCUUCUCAUGGACAGGGCCGGUCCGACAACGCACCGACCUCGAGUAUGAUAUUCAGCCGGCCCGCCGCGUCCGCGUCCAUGUCUGAUUUACAACGAACAAUGCGCAAUGAUUAUCCCAUCACCCGGUCCAGCAGCGUAUCCGAUACGUCUGCGCAGCCCCUAUCUUUCCACCAUGGCCUUUCAAUGCACAAUCGAUUCACGGGAGCACAAGCCAACCAGGCGAAUAUGUCCUAUUUUCGACGCCCCGUGGACUAUGCCGUGCCGCGACAUCCCGGCAUAAUCCAACCAUACGAUCAACGGCAAUCAUUUGAAGACUCGGUAUCGCAGACAGACACACAAGGGACGCCCGUAGCUUAUGAUAUGAAUCAUCUAGGCUCGCAGUCGCAGGCCUAUCCACCGACCCUAUCGAUGUCAACCCCAAAAGAUUAUACCAGCUUGGGAAUGGACUCCCAAGUCCCGGCCCAUGCACGACCCGUCCCAACUCUCUCAUCCCUCCCGGUGCCUGCACCGCACGAGUAUCGCCAGUUCCCCUACGACAACACGUCGGGAUCGAUGGGCACCGCAAUCCCAUACACCCAUGCCCCAGCCUCCAAUCUGAGCAUUUCGACGUCUUAUGCGCCGUCAAUAGCGGGAACCACCGCCCAUGAUUCAUUGCAUAAGACACCACAGGCACUGGAUCCGCUGCUGUCGAAAUUCAGUCAUCCGUCUUUCCACUAUCCCAAUUAUAUCCAGCAAUAA